CUCGCUCCUUCCCUCCCUCUGCAGUGCAGAUGCUUGCUUCGGACGUCCCUGCUGUUGCAUUUGGCCAUCUUUUAAAACAAUUCGGCGUUCCACAGAGUUGGUCGUCUCCAUCUCCAUCUCCAUCUCUUUCUCCAUGGAACAGGUUCUUUUGAGGGGGGGAGAUUUGAAGCUCCAAUUUGCUGGAAAAAUGGAAGUUUCCCCAGAACUAAGUUCCAUUGAUGGCCCAAAACAUCACACUUUGACUCCUUUUAGGGUGUUUAGGGGUGCAAUAUGCUUAGCUAUUCUUCUUUGUAGUGCAUUUACAUUCUUAGUUUGUUUUGGUCCUAUUGCUGCAGCACUUUUGCGCCUUUUCAGCAUUCGCUUAAGUAGGAAAACAAUAUCUUUCCUUUUUGGCCUUUGGCUAUCUUUAUGGCCCUUCUUGUUUGAAAAGAUAAACAAAACUAAAGUUAUUUUUUCUGGAGAAACUGUUCCAUCAAGGGAACGCGUGUUAGUUAUAGCCAAUCACAGAACUGAGGUGGAUUGGAUGUAUCUGUGGGAUCUUGCUUUGCGGAAGGGAUGCUUGGGCUAUAUAAAAUAUGUCCUUAAGAGCAGUUUGAUGAAACUGCCUAUUUUCGGUUGGGGUUUCCAUAUUUUGGAGUUCAUCCCAGUGGAGAGAAAGUGGGAAAUUGAUGAGCCAGUCAUGCACCAAAUGCUUUCAGAUUUUACUGAUCGUUUGGAUCCCUUGUGGCUUGCUCUUUUCCCAGAGGGAACUGAUUUUACUGAACAGAAGUGCAAAAGGAGUCAAAAGUUUGCAGCUGAAAAUGGAUUACCUGUACUGAAGAAUGUUUUGCUUCCUAGAACAAGGGGUUUCUAUGCUUGCCUGGAAAUUUUGAGGGGCUCCUUGGAUGCAGUUUAUGAUGUCACUAUCGCAUACAAGCAUCGGUGCCCAUCUUUCAUGGACAAUCUAUUUGGUCUGGAUCCAUCUGAAGUUCAUAUUCAUGUUCAACGUGUCCCUAUCAAGAAGAUGCCAGAAUCUGAAAAUGAGGUUGCUGCUUGGUUGAUAAGGAUAUUCCAGCACAAAGAUCAAUUGCUGUCAGGGUUCAUUGCUCAAGGUCAAUUCCCUCAUCAAGGAACAGAAAGAGAACUUUCAACUUCGACAUGCUUGGUAAAUUUCAUGGUAGUAGUUGCUUUGAGCGCCAUAUUUUUUCAUCUUACCUUCUGCUCAUCUAUUUGGUUUAAAGUGUACAUUGGUUUUGCUUGUGCAUAUCUUGCUUCUGUUACAUAUUUUAACUUCCGACCAUUGUCAGCUAGAGGAUUUGUGGAAAUGUUAAACAGGGAGAAAUCCAAAUAGUGAUAACUCUUCCAGAAAGAAAGAAAAAAGAGAGCAGAAGAACUUUUUCUUGGAA